AUGGUAACGAACAUGGAGGCGCCUGAGCAUUCAGCAUAUCUAUCCUUCACAAUCUUUCUCGUAUUGCUGAAAUACAAGAUGACCAUAGUCGUAGCCUCAACUACACCCGGAACGCCGGCACUUCCUAGCAAAACGGUUGACCGGGAGUCCCGAUGUGUAGCAGAAGCUCAGGAUCCUCCAGAUUCACAUCCUAUUUUCCGACUGCCUCAGGAGCUCUGGGACGAGAUAAUCGACUACAUCGACCAUGAUCAGGCUGCAUUCUCUGCGUGUACUCUUACCUGUCGCGCAUGGGCUGCCGCCUUCCGCCCUCACCUCUUCCACCAUCUUCGCCUCACCGCCUGUAGCCUAGCCCACAUUCAACAGAUCUUGCACUCCAAUGCACAUCUCGCGAAGUACACAACACGUGUCACCAUCGACUACGAAGGUGAUCCUUCCAUGCUCUCGCAGCUGCGACAGCACACGGUGCUAGCCAAGGUCUUGUCGACCCUGCCUAACGUGACCAGGCUCAAGCUACUAUCACUGGCCGUCACACCAUCGCUGAUCGCUGCACUUUCUAUCUUGUCUCACCGCGUACGGGAGCUAAUAGUCGGUUGCCUAGUAGCGCCAUCACUGGAGGCAUAUGCGCAGUUCAUUCGCGCCUUUCCUCAUCUCCGUAAACUGUCCCUCCAGGGGGUCCUGUCACUGUUCACAGGCCGCUGGUACAUGUCUCCGACACCACUCGCUCGGCUUAUGCACCAGCUGCGCCUCACACGCAGCUGGCAAAGAGCGACAGAUAGCCUCCGUGGCAGUAAUGCCGGCGGUCGUCGCGUGGCUCUGUAUGCCGUACUGCAAAACAUUCCUCGAUCCUUAAGAUCCCUGUGCGUGGCAUCGCGGGCCUGGUCUUUCUGGGAUCCACCAGUCUCUCAGAGGUUAAAGCUCGAAGUUCUGACAUUCAUGAACGAGCACUGGCUGCCCGUGUUCCUCUUUGCCUUGAAUGUGACCCGCAUCCGCGAGAUCACCUUUCUCUUCUCCUCCCCGGUGGUGUUCGACCAGAUGGUCCGCGUCCUGUCCUCGAAGCUGUCGCUUUCAGAACUCUGGGAGCUGCAAUCCGUGGUGUUCGUGAUUGGGGUUGCGCAGCCGGACCGUGUUGAGGACUACACGGCGGAUCUCGAGCUCAUCCGGGAGAUCACGCCUCAUUUACAUGCCGCAGGGUCUUUUGUUUUGCGCGUGUGUCCCCGCGAAUCGGGAGCUCCAUUAUAAAUCUUCUGGACGAGCCAUGCGGCCGAAAUUGGAAUGUACCGGUGCGCAUCGGACUUGGGGAAUGUGUGCAUCUGGCGACGUCCUGUCCUGACCCGUGAAAUAUAUAUGGUGUUCUUGGACUCGUGGUUUCAUAGUCUUUGCACGUGGUUUCAAGAGAGCUGGUGACCGGAUAGAGUCUGACACAGUUGACCUAUCCUACAGUAGAUGCACCCGCUACUGACGACUUUUAGAUAAAGCCUAAGUCGUUACUAUUUCGUGUACAAAGUUUCGUGCUUGAGGCUUGAAGUUUGGUAAUCAUCACUUUCUCCCAGUGCCGUCGUGCAUUCUACCUAUCGUCGCGCAUUCCCUGCUCAGAUGUAAAUACACCCAGAAUCCUAACACGCCAUGAUAGUAU